AAGGCAAGGGUCUAGGGCGUUACUGUCGAUUUUGCACUGCUGUAGGUCUUAUAAACACCUACACUUAGGCUACAUUCAAUUUAUAUAAAAAAAAAGUAUCUUCAGUAAAAAUUAACCUUUGCCUACUAUAACAUAUUUAUAAACUUUCUCAUUUUCUAACUUUUUGGCUCUUAUUAUAACACUUAGCUUAAAGCACAAAUACAUUGUUCACCUGUGCAAAAAUAUGUUUGUCUUACCCCAUAAGCACUUUUCUGUUUUUAAAUCUUUUACUUUUUACACUUUUUUUGUUUAAAAAGCAAUGCACAUUAACCUGGGCCUACACAGGGUCAAGAUCAUCAGUAUCACUGUCUUCCAUCUCUACAUCUUGUCCCACUAGCAGGGCCAUGAUGAACAAAAGAACAUGAGAGUAAACCAUACGCGGGAGAAAAUGAUGCAAUCAAGAGACUUGGCAUGGAGAGUAGAAAACUGAUUUCUGCUACAGACAUUCAAUAUUCUGGCAGUCUGCUGAACUCCUUGAAUGAACAACGUGGCCACGGACUCUUCUGUGAUGUUACUGUUAUUGUGGAAGACCGAAAAUUUCGAGCCCACAGGAAUAUUCUUUCAGCUUCUAGUACAUACUUCCAUCAGCUCUUCUCAGUUGCCGGGCAAGUUGUUGAACUGAGCUUUAUAAGAGCAGAGAUCUUUGCAGAAAUUCUCAAUUAUAUCUAUAGUUCUAAAAUUGUCCGUGUUAGAUCAGAUUUACUUGAUGAGUUAAUUAAAUCAGGGCAGUUAUUAGGAGUGAAAUUUAUAGCAGAGCUUGGUGUACCAUUGUCACAGGUUAAAAGCAUCUCAGGUACAGCUCAGGAUGGUAAUGCUGAAACCUUACCUCCUGGUUCUAGUGACAAGGACCUUGUAAUACAAAAGUCAAAAGAUGAAGCCCAAGAUAAUGGGGCUACUAUAAUGCCUAUCAUAACAGAGUCUUUUUCAUUAUCUGCUGAAGAUUAUGAAAUGAAAAAGAUCAUUGUUACUGAUUCAGAUGAUGAUGAUGAUGAUGACGAUGAUGUCAUUUUCUGCUCUGAGAUUCUGCCUGCAAAGGAGACUUUGCCGAGUAACAAUGCAGUGGCACAGGUCCAGCCUAAUGCUAGUCCUGUUGCUAUUUCAGAUGUUGCACCUUGUGCUAGCACUAACUCUCCCCCUUUAACAAAUAUAACACCUACUCAAAAACUUCCUACUCCUGUGAAUCAGGCAACUCUAAGCCAAACUCAAGGAAGUGAAAAAUUGCUGGUAUCUUCAGCUCCAACACAUCUGACUCCCAACAUUAUUUUGUUAAAUCAGACACCACUUACACCACCAAAUGUCAGUUCUUCACUUCCAAAUCAUAUGUCCUCUUCAAUCAGUUUACUUGUGCAGAAUCAGCAGACACCAAACAGUGAUGCUUUAACAGAAAACAAGGCCAGUGAAGAGGAGGAGGAGGAAAUUAUAGAUGAUGAUGAUGACACUAUUAGUUCCAGUCCAGACUCAGCAGUCAGUAAUACAUCUUUGGUCCCACAGGCUGAUACCUCCCAAAAUACCACUUUUGAUGGAUCAUUGGUACAGAAGAUGCAAAUUCCUACACUUCUGCAAGAACCACUUUCCAAUUCUUUAAAAAUUUCAGAUGUAAUUACUAGAAACACUAAUGACCCAGGCUUAGGAUCAAAACAUCUAACGGAGGGCCAGAAGAUCAUAACUUUAGAUACAGCUACUGAAAUCGAAGGCUUGUCAACUGGUUGCAAAGUUUAUGCAAAUAUUGGUGAAGAUACUUAUGACAUAGUGAUCCCUGUCAAAGAUGACCCUGAUGAAGGGGAAGCCAGACUUGAGAAUGAGAUACCAAAAACAUCUGGUAGUGAGACGGCAAAUAAACGUAUGAAAGUAAAACAUGAUGAUCACUAUGAGUUAAUAGUAGAUGGAAGGGUCUAUUAUAUAUGUAUCGUGUGCAAAAGGUCGUAUGUCUGUCUGACAAGCUUGCGGAGACAUUUUAACAUUCAUUCUUGGGAGAAGAAGUAUCCAUGCCGUUAUUGUGAGAAGGUGUUUCCUCUUGCAGAAUAUCGCACAAAGCAUGAAAUUCAUCACACAGGGGAGCGAAGGUAUCAAUGUUUGGCCUGUGGCAAAUCUUUCAUCAACUAUCAGUUUAUGUCUUCACAUAUAAAGUCAGUUCAUAGUCAAGAUCCUUCUGGAGACGCGAAGCUUUAUCGUUUACAUCCUUGCAGGUCUUUACAGAUCAGACAAUAUGCUUAUCUUUCUGAUAGGUCAAGCACUAUGCCUGUAAUGAAGGAUGAUGGUAUUGGGUAUAAGGUCGAUGCUGGAAAAGAACCUCCAGUGGGGACCACAUCUACUCCUCAAAACAAGCCAAUGACCUGGGAAGAUAUUUUUAUUCAGCAGGAAAAUGAUUCCAUUUUUAAACAGAAUGUAACAGAUGGCAGUACUGAGUUUGAAUUUAUAAUACCAGAAUCUUACUGAAUUCCUUUGAAAUAUCAGAAAGUUUUGGUUUGGAUUAAGGGGCAGGGGUUUCAGAAGACCUGUAAAACAAAUUAAGGUGAAAACAAGUUAAUUUGAUCUGCUACAUAAUCUGAAGGUAGUCUAGUUGGAUUAUUUGUUGAUGAUUUUUAGAAGCAAAGUUUUCUGAGAGUUUGAGUAGAAAGUGAGAAGUCCCCCCACCCAUGUAUCUGUUUAUAUAGUUAGCUUUCAGCUCAUUUUAAAGAGACAAAAAUGCUUGGAGAGAUAGUUUUCUGAAUAGAAUUUUGAAGCAGUCUGAAUGUUCUUUGAAAAUAACUGGAGUUACUAGCAUACCCUAGUACAUCUUACAAUUUUCCCCUUCCAUGUUAGCACUUUACUGCUAAAUUCUCAAUUUUCUUAACAUUGAGACUAUAAAUGUGUGUUGUGUCUUGUAUAUGGCAUAAAACGUAAACAAGAACUUCUAAAGUUGUUCUGGAAAAUUUCAGGAUAAGUCUCCGCUUGGUUGUAUAUUCUGUUAGUCCAGAUGGAUUGCAACCUCUUCCCCCAAGAAGAUAGCCAUGCAGACAAGUUUCUCAUCUAAAGAAAAGAAUUAGUUUUAGCUAAUUAGAAUUAAUCCUUGCUUUUAUCGCCAUAGUCUGAAAAAGACUUUGGUGGCUAGACCACUGUGUGCUUUUGCAGUGUGGUCUCUGUGGGGGUUGGGGAGAGAAAAGCAAAUCUCCAUGAUGCAGACAGGAGGAGAUAAGUUCUGUUGCAAUUAUUUUUAGUUCUGUGCUCUUACAUGCUAGAGGCAGAGAAUGGGAUUGAAUGGAGAUUUCAUUUUUACUCAUUAUGGUUAAAAAUAUUCCUGUGAAAUUUUUCAAAUUUUGACUGAAAGCCACCAAAUGAAUCUUUAUGUAUAAAUCUUUGUAAAUGAUAGAUUCCACGGAAGAGACUCCUACAUAUUUUGGGAGGAGGAGGCUACCGGCAUAUAUUUUAAAAUGUUCAUAUUUCUUAGAAUCUCCAAUAGAAAAUUUUCAUUUAAAAUAGUUGAAUCAGUGAUCUAAUAUUUUCCUUUCAGUAAGAUCUUUUAGGUUUUGACCCCUUCUGAAAUAAGUUCCAUUCAAUCUGCAAAUUGUUGCAAUUUUAUAGCAAUCAGAAAUUAUAGGAAUGUUAUAUAGGCUCAUCAAUUCCCAUUUAUCUUGACAACAAUAAAUAUUACCUUCCUUUUAAAAUGACAUAUAUUUAAACACUUAGAAAAUAACAUUAAAACUUACUGAAGCGUGAGUUACUAAAGAAAGCAGGUUGGAACAAUACAUAGCCUAGCAUUUAUAAGUGAAUUAACUUGUUGAACUUCUGUAAAUGAUUUUUUUUUGCAAAGGAAAGAAUUAAUAGAUACUGAAAAAGAUCGUUGUGCAUAGUUAUUAGUCAUUUGUAACCUUGCUUAAAUAUUUCUUAGUUCAGCGUAGAUACCUUCUUUCUCCUUACCAUGUAUUUUUAAAAAUAGUCUACUUCUUGACUUUGAACUUAAAGCUUUAAUCAUAAUUUCUCAUGUAUACAUCAUUCUUCUGAUGGUAAACUAGAUUUGAAGAUAAUGGUUUUAGUGUUUUUUUUUUUUUUAUGUUGGUAGCUGAGGGUAUCAGGCAUCAGUAUUUGUAAUAAUACAAGGAAAAAGAAAACCCUUUGCUUACCAAGGGGUAGAGUGAUAUAUUUUUAUCUGUUUUCUGUUCAGUGAGUCUAGACCUUCAAACCAUUUUGUAAAUUAACCCUUGGAAAAUUUUAAAUUACCUUAUAACUUAAGAUUCUGUGAUCUCUGGAUUCAAAAUAUCUGUUUCCUUACUGUGUAGAUAUAGAUAGCGUUACUCUUUGACUAUAAGGUGCAGUCUGACAUGUUCUCAGUGGAAUUUGUUUGAGUUUCAUUAAUGCUAUUUCACCAGUUAGACAUAAUUAUUCUACCAAUGUUAAUAAUACUGAUGCCAGCAGAGCUUCCAGACCUUUCAGAUUCAACUGCUAGAUAAAUUAGUUUGUCAUAAUAAAACUUGGUCAUUUCUGCAAGCUUAUUAUGACAAACCAGCAAUUCUAUAAUAGAAAACUAUCCAUUCUGAAUAAUAUGGAUAUAAUUAUUUGCUGCUGCUGUGCUCUGUGUAAAUUCUGAAUAUGUUAAACUCUCUGCCUACUAAAGGUGUCUUCUGGAGUUUGUUGGGAGGUGGACAACUGGAAAAUUAAAUUGUAUUUUUGCCAGAAGACUCUUCCUUGCAUGUGUCUCAGGGUCUUCAGUUUUUCUGGAUGUUUCCAUAUCCAAAGCUCAGAGUUCAUAUGAAAUACUCUUUUGGGUGAAUACUCUUUAUUCCUGGUAUUUAUCAGAUUGGAAAUCUUAGCAAGAUGCUGUUUAAAAUUUAUUGGGGGGUUUUCUACUUUCUACUUAGCUUUUUGGCUAUUGAACUUGCUUUUUUAAAAUUUUCUUUCAAGUUGGCUUUCAAAUUUGCUUCUAUGCUAAAUGACCUGUAAAUAUUCUGGAUAGGAAUUGUUUGAAUUAGUAAUUUGCUAAACAAAAUGACAAAAUUAAAAGAACUCUUAACUAAGCAGAACUACUAAAAGAUCAUAGCAAUCUUGCAAGACUAACUUUAAGAUAUAUUUUAAAUGAUUAUUAUAAUUUCGGUGGUAAUAAUCCCCCACAUACCACCCUGAAGAAAUGAUGCCACAUUUUUCCGUUGUACCAAAAAAGAUAAAUGGUUAACAUUGAUUGAAGUAUUUUGUAUUGUCAAGGCAUGCAUAUUCUAAAGAAUUAAAUGCUAAUUCAACAGCACUGGCUUCUUCGCCUCUGUCAGUCACAUGAAACCUUGUUCAUUUCUCCCAAUACUGUGAUGCUUAUACUUAUACAAUCUUCCCUAACGUGACUUCUUAAGUUCUACUUUUCAUUAACCAUUAUCUGAUAUUAGUUCGUAGGGCUUCUUAUGGCGAAAAUAAAAUGUUUUAAUUCUCA